CCAUUUUUAAUAAUUCAACCAACAUUACAAUCCUCACUUUCUCAACUUCAAACCCCAACAAAAAUUCAGAUUAAAAACCCAAAAAAUGAUCACAAAAUUGAAUCCCAAAAUCACCAAAAGAAACACAUAGUUACUCUUUGUGAAAAAAAGACCAAAAAAAAGAAAACAAAAAAGAAAAUCUCAUCCGCAGAAAAAAAAACCUAUUAGUGAAUCAGAGCCAAUUUCCCCAAUCAAAUGGUUAAUAUUUCAUCUUACGUGGACGUUCCAGAUUAUUCGCUUCACACUCUGGCGAUCCGCUUUAUUCAACUACAACCAAUCAGAACACGCCACGUCAUUUCGACACAGAUCGAACUCUCGCUAUAAAAGCCCAACGUCCAAAUUUUUAACGGCGUCAGAAAACACAUUCGUCUGUUCUCAAGAAGAUAAUUUCACAUUUUUCACUCUGUUUUUUCGCGAUGACAACCGCCACCGAAUCCCAAGCUCCGGCCGUCGAAGUUGCUCCGGUUCCGGCACCGGAAGUAGUGUCUAAGAAGGCAGCGAAGCCUGCGAAGGAGAAGAAGGCCAAAAUCCCAAAGGAAAAGAAGCCUAAACAGUCAAAGAUCGCUUCUCACCCUCCAUAUUUUCAGAUGAUCAAGGAAGCUGUAUUGGCUCUGAACGAGAAAAGCGGUUCGAGUCCUUACGCGAUCGCUAAAUACAUGGAGGAAAAGCACAAAUCGGUUCUUCCAGCGAAUUUCAAAAAGAUGUUAGGUCUUCAACUGAAGAAUUCCAUUUCCAAAGGUAAACUGAUCAAAAUCAAGGCAUCGUACAAAUUAUCUGAGGCAGGAAAGAAGGAGAAGAAGGUAGUAACUAAGGUUUCGAAAGUAAAAACUGGGAAAAAGAUCACCAAACAAGCCAAGACAAAAUCAGUUACUGCUCCAAAAGCCAAAGCAACGAAGAAACCUAAAGCUGAGAAAGUCAAGAAAGUUACGAAGAAGGCGAAGAAAUCAACCCCUGUGAAACCCAAACAACCUAAAUCGAUCAAAUCUCCGGCUGCAAAGAGGGCUAAGAAGACCACUGCUUGAAUAUAUGUAAUUACUAAGUAAAAAAGAAUAAUAUGAAUGUUUAGCAUUUUCGUUUGAUGUAAAUUAAGUUUUUAGGUUUUUCUUUUUUGUUCUUAGUUUCUGUAUUAGAUUUGGAAUGUUAAUAAAAAUUUAGGUUUGUUAAUCUUGUUA